GAAUUUGUAACAAGCGUAAAGCGUUGUUUCGUUUUAAGAUUUUGUGGCGUGCCUGGAGGAUAUAAUUAAUAUUAUUGCCGAAGUACGGCAUUAAUCUUUUUUUUUGGUAUUUAGAGCCAUUGUAGAAAUGAGUGUCGACAUUUUACCACUUAAAUCCGAAUCUAAAAAUAAAGACAGGGAUGAAAAUGGGGCCGAACCUUCUCACCCGAUCACUAAAAAGGGAAUUUUGACUUCUUUUAAGACUGGCAAGCCAAUGACCAUUCCAGAAACGGACAUUUUGGGGAAAUGUCGAUUUGUAUCAGAGUUUGAAAAGUUAAAUAGAAUAGGAGAAGGCACAUAUGGAAUUGUUUAUAGGGCAAGAGACACCAUAUCAAAUCAGAUUGUUGCAUUAAAGAAGGUCAGAAUGGAUCAGGAAAGGGACGGUAUUCCCAUUAGCAGUUUGAGGGAAAUCCAGGUAUUAUUAAAUUGCAAACACGAAAACAUUGUCCACUUAAAGGAAGUGGUUGUGGGAAAAAGUUUAGAAAGUAUUUUUUUGGCAAUGGAAUAUUGCGAGCAAGACCUGGCUUCUCUGCUUGACAAUAUGCAAGCCCCAUUUUCCGAAUCACAAGUCAAGUGUAUUAUGUUGCAAGUAUUGCGAGGUUUGCGUUAUUUGCAUCAUAACUUUGUCGUGCACAGAGAUUUAAAAGUGUCAAAUUUACUUAUGACAGACAAAGGAUGCGUUAAAAUUGCCGAUUUCGGUUUAGCAAGAUGGUUUGGGCUGCCUUUAAAACCAAUGACCCCUCACGUGGUGACUUUGUGGUAUAGAGCGCCAGAGUUGUUACUACAAGCCCCCACACAAACUACCAGUGUAGAUAUGUGGGCGGCCGGAUGUAUUUUAGGGGAACUUUUGGGGCACAAACCUUUAUUACCUGGAAGGUCGGAGAUCCAGCAACUGGAACUGAUAGUGGAUUUAUUAGGCACUCCUUCCGACGCAAUAUGGCCGGGUUUCAGUGGUCUGCCGGCGUUGCAAAACUAUUCUCUUAAACAACAACCCUAUAACAACCUGAAGCAAAAAUUUCCUUGGUUAUCUGCGGCAGGCCUGAGGUUGCUGAACUUUUUGUUUAUGUACGAUCCUCGUAAAAGGGCCACAGCAGAAGAAUGUUUGCAAAGCAGUUAUUUUAAGGAACCUCCUCUACCUUGUGACCCCAAACUGAUGCCUACUUUUCCUCAACAUCGGAAUAUAAAAGGGGGCAGCAAAGCUGGCCCUUCAGAUAAUACAGGCGCCGGAGACCAGACCAAUAACUUACCGGCCAUCUCAGAUCUGUUGGGAUCCAUUGUAAAGAAGAGGCGCGUUGAAUAACUAGUAUUUUUGAAAUUGUAUUUUGUGUAAUAAUAAAUUUGUGUAACUAUCUUG